UGUGGAGUUUGAGGAUAAGGGACACCGCGCAAUGCAAACUGAGGAUGGCCAUUUAAGAGGAGCGGGUCAAGCCGAGUGGUUUUUAAUGAAAGCCAAAGUGGCCCUGGCUGUGGCUAUAAUAAAGAAUAAGCCCUCAGGGAUGAGUGGCAGAGAAUACCUUGAGGCUUUGGCCUGCAAGUUGAAGAGCCAGGAUGAAAGCUGGAAGGAAAAAGCCCAGGGGCUGCAGCAGGAGGUGCUGAGGCUGCGGCAGGAAUUACUGAUCACCAGAAUGACAUCAAACACAAAGAGCAACAGAGAGGCAGCAGGUCCUGAGAGCCACGUGGACAAUGCUUCACAGGAUCUGUUUGGUCCAGGAAGUGAGGCACACAGCACAGACCUUCAGUCAGACUCAGAGACUCCUGAACUCCUGCUACAGGACCCCAAGCCUGCUGUCACGUCCCCUCUGCCACCAGUUUUGUCCACUCACCACAAAAGUCUUGGUGGGAAUGCCAUGCUUCCUCAUGUGCAGUUACUCCAGUCGCUGUGCUCCCUACAUCGAGUAGAGGGAGACAACAGAGGCCUGGAGUCACUGUGGUUCAGCCCAGAUGGAGAUGCAGGGUCAGUGUUGGUGGACACUGUGUGCCAGCUCAUGGACUCGGUGGUGACAACUUGCAGGGAGCCCUAUCCGCUGGCACCCAUGGUCCUGGUCCUUCAGGCUUGCCAGGUCGCAGCUCGAGCGAUGGACCUCUUCUGCUCUCAGAGGCAGCCGUCUGUAGAGUUCACGAGACGUGUGGAGGAAUCACUGACGAAGCUCACGGGGCUGCUGCUGCACAGUAAUCACCUCAGCAGGCUGCAGGCUGCAGAGAAGCUGAUGGAGUGCCUGAUCACGCUGGGGAGCAGCAGCAUGUCAAAGUCCUUUCUCAUUCGUCACAUCCUCUCUCAAAUCAGCGCCCUGGCUGAUCAGCUUUGGCAGGCCCUCCAGGGGCAGGAGAGCUUAGGGCUCGACAUAUUUCCUGUAGACGAGCAUCAGAACUCGUGUUACCUGUUUUGGAUCUUGGAGGAGCUCCUGCAGAAAUCAGAGGUACCUUGCACGGUGGAGGUGGUGUUAAAACAGACAGGCUUCCUCAGUCACUUGGAACAGCGUGUCUUUCUAUUGUCCGAUGAGUUCCCCUUGUUUAGCUUCGGCAUGUGGAGGAUAGGAGGUUUCCUCACCUCCCCGGACCGAUAA